AUGCCUUUCAAAAACAAGGCCAAGAAAUAUUGGAUCGUUCCACAAGAGUCGCUCUGUCCGGAAGACCUACCUCUAGGAAGCAUCUUGACAACACCCAACAAUACCAUUGAUGUAUUGAAUAGGAAUACGGUGGAACUGAUUGACCCAUCCCUCAUUAUUAAGGAGCGAGAACAGGUUAGCAAGAGUUUAACCGAAGCCAUAUCAAAUGGAUUCGGUAUCAACUUUGAAGCGUCGUCAGCCCUCGCUGCGAUAAUUGGAGGCGCGCCCAAUGUCGGGGCAGAGUGGUCAAGAGGUUCAGAAGACAGCAUCGAAGCAACGAGAGUCAGAGCACAACAUUUCAGCCCAUCCGACGAAUACGCAGACAGAGCCCUCCGUGCCCACAAAGUAUCAGAAUAUGUCGGACGGUCCUUUUUCACGGCCGCUGUGUACAUGAUUGUGGGUGUUGCCAUUGCCAGCACGGUGACUCGAAAGGCUGGCAAAUCUCGCAAUCUAGGGCUGAAAGGCGGUGCGGGGAUCGGUCCGCCUGGAACUGGGAUUGAAGUAUCUGCGGACCUGUCGACAAAUCGAGAGACAAAGUCGAGCUAUCAGGAUGCUGUGGAGGAGGAUGUUGUGUUGGCGUAUCGAUUGAGACGCUUUCGAUACUCCAAGAUGCGCGAUAAGAUUACCAAGAAGAAGGAGGACGAGACAGACCAUGCGCGGUAUGGCCAUGAUCCAGAUGCCUCGGGUCCUGAAGAGGAUGAAGACGAUGAGGCUGGUUUCGUUCCCGUCUUCUCGUAUUUCGAGGACGACGAUUUUGUCGCUAGUGGUUCCGGGUCGGCUGGGUUCACCGAGAAUGCGGAGGAUGAUGACUCGGACGAGUCAAUGGAGGAUUGA